UGAGACUGAGAAUUUGCUGAAGGUAUUUAGAAACGUGUUUUCAAGUCCUAAGCGAACCUCUACUUGUGGCAGCAUGUCAAAAAAACUUUCAUCCAUCCAGGGAGUGAGUUCUGAUCCAGAAGUUUUAAAAAUAUUGAGAGAACGUGAAGAACUUAAGUCAACGCUGAAAAAAUAUGAGCGCCAUGUGGCAGAAAUUCAGGGUAACUUCAAAGUUUUAACAGCUGAGAGAGAAAAAAUUGUCAAUCUUUAUGAACGGGCACAGGAAGAGAUUUCCCGACUUCGUCAGGAAGUUAUCAAAUGCUCCAGGACUCCUAAAAGUACUGUGACAGCUCAAGCUAUGUUAAGACAUGUGGAGAUAGAAAGGGAUACAGCACUGUCAGAUUUCCGAAGGAUGACUACAGAACGUGAUAGUCUCAGGGAGCAGUUAAAGAUUUCCCAAGAGACUGCAUUUAAUGAAAAGGCUCAUUUGGAACAGAGAAUUGAAGAGCUAGAAACUACUAUUCAAAAUUUAGAUAGUGAACGGUUAGAACAGAUGUCCAAAGUGGCGCUAAUGAAAGACACCAUUGAUUCUCUGGAAACUGAGAUGAAAAAAUUGGCAAGAAGAGCAUUGGACUCUGAAACUGAGCUGAGGCGACAGGAAGCUGAAUAUGUUUCACUUAGAAAAUCUGCUGAAGCACUCUGUAUCUGUGAGAAAGAUAUCACCAGUUUGCAUCAACAGCUACAAGAAAUGAACAAAGAACUUGCACAGACUAACAAGAACAGAGAAUCAUUAGCUCAGGAGAAUGACAGGUUACAACAGCAUCUUUCUAAUAUUAAGCAAGAAAAUCAGGUACUAUACAAAAAACUAGCAAAGUACCAAAAUGAGCUCGACGAUAUGAAGUUGAGAGCCCAGGAUUCAAACACAGAUAUUGUCAGGCUGAAGGGUGUACUGAAGUCUAAAGAGAGAGAGAACUGCGAGCUUUUGGAGAAUUACGACAAAGCCCGUGAACAAGGAGAAAGUUGGGAAGCAAAAUGCCAUCAAGCAGAAGCAGAUUGUCGCUCUGUUAGACUGGCACUGAUCAGUGCGGAGUCUGAGAACCGCAGAUUGAAAGAGAAAAUGGAGUCCCUUGAAACAGAGAUGGAGCAACAUUUAACAACAGAAGCAGCAUACAAGUCUCAGAUUUCUGCCUUAAGCAAGUCUCUUGUGAAAAUGGAAGGAGAGCUUCAAAACGUACAUUGGGAGAGACUCUCUAUACUUGCAAAUCUCACGUCUACACAAGAACUUUCCAUUAAACUAGAUGCAUCAAAAAAACGAUUAAAUUGGCAGUUAACUUCCACAGCAGAGAAGGUAGAAAGGCUGCAGAGCAAGUGUGAGUCAUCCCAUUCUGAAAUAGAGCUGCUGAGAAAACAACUGGGAAAUGAAAGAGCAUCUAUGAAAAACCUGGAAUCUUUGCUUGUGUCCAAUCGUGAGAAAGAAUUUCAGUCACAGAUAGCAAAGCAAGAGAAAGACUCUGAAAUUCAGUUUCUCAAGGAACAGCUUUCUUUAGCAGAAAAUAAACUUGCUGUGCAGAGUCGAGAUUUUACUCAGCUCAGAAAUAGAGCAGCUCAGCUAGAGUCGGAACUGGAUAUCACCAAAAGACAGCUGGGGACUGAGCGCUUUGAAAGGGAACGUGCUGUACAGGAGCUUCGAUGCCAGAAUCGUACAAUCUCGUAUCAGUUAAGCUCUACGUUAAGAACAUCAUCACCUGAACAUUCCCAUCAUCGAUCUCCUGAUUGGUCUCUGGACUGGUCCCUGGAAGAGUAAG